UUUAAAAAUUUUGAAGUUGCUCCCCUCCCCUUUCAUUUCCUUUUCUACACACACUCUCUCUCACAAGCACCCACUCACCGGCCGGCUGAAUCUCCGGCAGAAGCUCCUUCACCGGCGACCAACACACAUUAUCAAGUGUUUUGUAUCAGUUAAGGGUUUUGUUUUGGUUGGAAAUGGAACCAAUGACGACGACGACGACGACGUCGUCUUUCCCCUCCACUCCUCGCUGGAACAUCGAUCGCCCCUUCCUCACCGGCCGAUUCCACCAGGAAGCAAAGGCGACGUCUCGGUUUACAGAAGCAAAGGGUUUUUCAAUGGAUUCCUUUAGUGCUGGACCGGACAAGGCCAUUGGCUGUUUUGAUGCUGCAGUGCAGGAGCUUAUUGUUAUUGAUGAUCUCCUCUCUGCUAUGGUCGGAAUUGAAGGACGAUACAUCUUAAUCAAAAGAGUUCGUGGAAAGGAGGAUAAUGUUACCUUCCAGGUUGAUCCAUCUAUGGAUUUAGCAUUACAGGAAUUGGCCAAGAAGAUUUUCCCUUUGUGUGAGAGCUUUAUGAUGAUUAACCAGUUUGUUGAGUCGAGGUCCCAGUUCAAGAAUGGCCUAGUGAAUCAUGCCUUUGCUGCUGCACUCAGGGCACUCCUUCUGGAUUACCAGGCCAUGGUGGCACAGCUUGAGCACCAGUUUCAACUGGGAAGACUUUCCAUGCAAGGAUUGUGGUUUUACUGUCAGCCUAUGAUGGGGUCUAUGCAGGCAUUAUCCACUGUAAUACAAAAGGCUUCAACUAAUAAUUUUGCAGGUUCUGCAGUUCUUAACCUGUUGCAAAGCCAGGCUAAGGCCAUGGCUGGUGAUAAUGCAGUGAGAUCAUUGCUUGAAAAGAUGACACAAUGUGCAAGCAAUGCAUAUCUUGGCAUAUUGGAAAGGUGGGUCUAUGAAGGAGUGAUUGAUGAUCCUUAUGGUGAAUUUUUCAUUGCGGAGAACAAAUCUCUUCAAAAGGAGAGCCUCACUCUGGAUUAUGAUGCUAAGUUUUGGAGGCAACGAUACAGUCUCAAGGAUGGGAUUCCUAGUUUCCUUGCAAAUAUAGCUGGAAAAAUUUUGACCACUGGAAAAUAUCUAAAUGUCAUGAGAGAAUGUGGGCAUCAUGUUCAGGUCCCCGUAUCAGAAAAUUCAAAAUUAAUGAUUUUUGGCUCAAACCAUCAUUAUCUUGAGUGUAUAAAAGCUGCAUAUGAUUUUGCAAGCAGUGAGCUCUUAAAUCUUAUUAAAGAAAAGUAUGAUCUAAUUGGAAAGCUGCGUUCAAUCAAACAUUAUCUUCUUCUUGAUCAGGGUGAUUUCUUGGUUCAUUUUAUGGAUAUAUCUCGAGAUGAACUAACAAAAAAGAUUGACGAGAUUUCUGUGGAGAAGCUGCAGUCCCUACUAGAUCUUGCUUUACGUACCACAGCAGCUGCUGCAGAUCCCUGUAAUGAGGACUUAACAUGUUGUGUGGAAAGAUCAUCACUGCUUAAAAGAUUGGGUGCACUCAAAGAUCUUGAAGCUAGCAGGACUUUCUCUGAUGGUAAUGAUUUAGAGGAGCCAGUGAGCGUUACUGGCCUUGAAACAUUUUCUUUGAGCUACAAGGUACAAUGGCCAUUGUCUAUAGUUAUAUCAAGAAAAGCCCUAACCAAGUAUCAGUUGAUUUUUCGGUUUCUUUUUCGCUGUAAACACGUUGAUCGCCAACUCUGCGGGGCGUGGCAAGUGCAUCAGGGUGUUCGUGCCCUUAAGAUGCGAGGAACUGCAAUCUCCAGAUCAUCAUUGCUGUGUCGUAGCAUGCUCAAAUUUAUUAAUAGCCUUCUGCAUUAUCUAACAUUUGAGGUUCUUGAGCCCAAUUGGCACAUAAUGCAUAGCAGACUUCAGACUGCAAAAAGUAUAGAUGAGGUUGUACAGCAUCAUGAUUUUUUCCUUGAUAAGUGUCUCAGAGAAUGUUUGCUUCUUUUGCCUGAAGUGCUGAAGAAAGUGGAAAAGCUGAAAUCACUGUGCCUACAGUAUGCAGCAGCAACUCAGUGGUUGAUAUCAUCUUCCAUUGACAUUCCUAAGCUAGGUGAAUUGUCUGAUGGUUCAGUUGGGAAUUCAAGAAGUCCAUCAAGGGCACUUAAAUUAACUACAAGAAAUCCUUCAGUUGCUGAUUCUAUUCUUAAAUUUGAGAAGGAAUUUAAUGCUGAGCUUCUGAGCUUGGGACCAAUAUUGAGCAGUAGUUCUCAAGCAGAGCCAUACUUGACUCAUCUUGCACAGUGGAUCCUUGGUGUAGGAAAAGACCAAUAAUUUCUGAUAUCAGGAGUUUCUUUGGACAAAAAAAGUGUAAAUAUGUUCAACACGCAAUAUAUGUUGGGUUUGCAAUUUGCGUGUACAUACUUUUUAUAGAUAAUGUUUGUGUUUAGAGGCUGCUAUUUUUUAAAUAUCUGCAACAAACACGAAAAUCUUUAGUUUGUACAGAUUUCAAUUAUUGUUGUGUAUUUGGUAUGAUAUAUGUGUUUCAUUCUGCAA